CCAGCACCCACGCAUCUAUCUGGCCAUUACAUCUCUUUAACAAAUCUCUAUUAUAAAUACUCUACCAUACAUUUCCUUUUGAAAGCCACCAUGGCCUCUCUCCUCUUUGACGACAUAACCUUCCCAACCGAGCUCUACGACCCAACAACAUACACCUUCUCCGACCCCAUAAAAGACUACCUCCUCUUUGCCCCUCAAGUCAUUACCCUCUACGAACGCAAAAACACCCCAACCUCCAAUAUGUCACAAAAAACGGGUACAGAGGGACCCAGUGUUGCGGAAACGGCUUUGAAAACCUCCGUACAGGUUUUUGGAGAGUUUGUUAAGUACCAGUUGAGGUCUUCUGAGUUUGAUACUUUUACCGCGAGAAAGGCGGAGCGGGAUUGGGAGGGUAGUAAGGAGAGUGUACGAGAGCGGGAACGAAGGCAAGAAGAGGAGCGGGAACGGGAACGGGAACGAGAACGAGAACGAGAACGAGAACGAGAACGAGAGAGGGAACGAAAACAGACACGAGAGAGGGAAAGAGAGAGUGAGAUGGCAAAAGAGCGCGACCACGACCAUGAACACGAAACAAACAGAACCCGCCCCCAACACCAUACCAAACACCCAGAAAAUAAUCCAGAGAAACAAAAACACCAUGCCUCUUCACUCGACACUCCACCCAAAACCCCACCCACAUCCCAUUCCACCGCACCCGAAUCACCAACAACAACAACAACAACAACUUCCCUAAUAACAACAACAACCCUCACCCUCCUCUCCCUAACAACCGCCUACGCAGCCUCCAAAACCCACUCCAAAGCAACAUUCCUAAACUCCUUCCGAAGCCUCCAUAAAGACCUAACAAACCAUCUCACCAAAAUCCGCACAUGGAUAAAAACACGACAAGACCUCUCACUCCCUAUUCCAACAUUUUUGUUACACGAUGUGGAGAAAAUACAAUCAUUGCAUGACUUGGUGUCGAAAUUGGAUCAAGGAGGCCAUGAUUGGGCUUUGAUGCCUGCUUAUGUUGGUGCGUCUGUGUCGGCGGCUGUGGGUGCUGCUGCGUAUGGUGGGAUCCUAGCGGCUCAGGUGGGUCGGGUGGGAAUCCUGGGGGUCCUUGUUGCGGCAAUGUAUGGGGCGGUCGUCAAGGGGAGGUUGGCGAGUGGAGUAGUGCGCUCGAGUUUGGGGGUCGUGGCUGAUAAGGCUAGGCGGGUUUGCAUGGCGUUGGAAGAGGGUGAAAAGGAGAGGGCAGAGUUGGUUCGAGGGGCUUUUGGGAGAGAUAUGGUUAACUUGGAUGAAGUUCCAUUGGAAGAUGAGCGUGAGGAGCAAUGGCAACGGCCAAUAGGAAGAAAGACAAAGAUACACAGUACUCCCACUCGUGGACAUGAAAAUGAAUUCAUUGCAGUAUGAAUUCAUAAUGUUAUCAGUAACAGAAUAUGUAUCUAUAUUCAAAAAAAAAAAAAAAGUUCAAAAG